AGAAAGAAUGUUUCGCGAGUCUUUGUGUCAAGGUUCACGAGGAGUGGGUGACCUUGAAAUUGCGCUCGUUGUGGCUGUGAUCGCUGUGAUCGCUGCGCUCCGGACGCUCACCCUGCACUCGGGUUUGGCUCUUCGAGAGACUACUGCGUCACAUAUCUGUCACAUUUGCUCGAAGUAAUAAGCAGCUUACGUAUGCACUUGCAUUGCUACUUUACUCGGAUGCAUUAAGUCAGGCGGUGGUUGGGAAUGUGUUGUAAGAGUUGCUCUUUGGCCAAGGACGGGUGCUGGAA